AAAGACUAAAAAAAUAUGAAAGGUACUACAACUUGCUGAUCACAAUCUAAAUAACUUCCUGUGAUAAUAUAUCUUAAGAAUGAUAAUUUUACAUUCCAUUUCAGGGGCAGAUGUGGUUCAUUGGCUUUUCAAUCAUGUUCAGGGAUUCCAAGAACGCAGAGAAGCUCGUAAAUAUGCCAUCCAAAUGCUGAAGGCUGGUUUUAUUCGCCAUACAGUCAACAAAAUUACUUUUUCAGAACAGUGUUAUUAUGUUUUUGGAGAUCUUUGCAACAAUAUGACUGCCCUCAAAGUCACUGAGGAGGGAGUGGACAGUGAGACAAGCAAAGAUACUCUUGGUCCUCUUCUUCCACCCACAACCCAGUCUCCUUGGGGAGUACAGAUGCCUUAUUCUGGGAAUUAUAACCCUCAAAUUAUGGGAUUCAUGCCAAUGCCUCUUCAUUAUACCAAUGAAGCAAUCUUUCCUCCAGAAGGGAGUGCUCAUAGUGGUUCUGGUGGCAGCAGCAAUAGUGGAGAAGCUAAGAAAGACAAUGAAAGCAAAUUAACAAGUCCAGGGGCUAGUGAAAUAGAAGAACCAAGUUUGCAGAGUGGUGGCUAUCAUGGGGAUUUGGGUGUUGAAAAAGGAGCUGGAAGCAGUGGAAGUGAACAUAGUUACAAUACACAGACUUCUCAAGACAUGACUCGUCUUGAAGCUAUUCCACCAGAGCUGAGUGUUGAAGAUGACAUCUUGGACUACCACUUCACUGACAAAGGAGUUGUGUAACUCGCAUCUUUUCUUUGUUGACAUGGUAACCAUGGCCUGUAUUGAGAAUAAGAUAACCAUGGUGUUAUUAUUAUUAUUAAUUGCUGACCUGUUCUGGGAAUACUACUGACAAAGAAGUUGUGUAACUUCCAUCAAUUCCUCUUGAUAGGGUAAAUAUGGAUCCACUGUAGAACAUAGUCUUCCUGUACCAAACAAACAUCAAAUUCUGAAUGGAAGUCCAUAAAUGCCCUUGCUACCAUAGCUGGCAUUCCAACUUGAAACUUUAUUAUUUAUGAAGACAAACUUGAAAGUAUAAAAGUUAAUGUUUGCCUAACAUCAUCUUCCUUGUCAUGGCAACCAUCAAAACCUGUUAAAACUGUAGGCAGAUUUGUGCUGUAAUUACCAUCUAGUGAUGAACUGUGCUAUUAUUUCGGAUCCUUCUUCAGUAAAACCUUCCAGAUGUAGAAUUGUUCAAUAUUUGUCUUCAGUACUUAUUGUAUGUCAAUCACUUGGUUAGAUAAGUAUUUGUACUAAUAGUAAUACUAGAUAUCUUCUAACAUCUGGGGGGCAUUAUGUAGCAAUCAUAAUGUAGACAUUCUAUGUUGUGUAUGUAAAGAAAACAUCAAGGAAGAUGUUGUUACAUUAUUAGUACUCUGAGAAUAGUUGUUUGAGUCAUAAUGGAGAAAAAUGUCAGUUAUAAUACAAUUCUUUUAGAGCAGAAGUAUUCAAGGUUUAUGAAAAACUUACUUGCAUCCCAAACAGUUUUGUAUGUUACACAAUGAUGCCUUUAAAAAGUACAAGUGGUGUAUUUAGUAAUUCCUUCGUACUCUAGUUGUCUAUUGCAAGCGUGCCAAUUUUUCAUAAAUACUAUAUGUGAUUGCUACUCAAUUUUUAUACAAGUUUUUUUCUGUUGAAGUAAUCACCAAAACUAAUAUUUAUAAUUUAAUUAUUAGGUUAUGAAGACUAGUUAUCUGCAAAUAGUGUUCAUGUGAUUUUGUGAUAACAGUAUUCUUGUGCUUAUAUACACAUUAUUUUCAAGGACCUACCAUUUUAAGUUUUGUGCAGCUUUUUUAUACAUUGAUAUACGCUGAAUUUUAUGUACAGAACAGAGCACAUGGACUUUUAUUUGCUCAUUAGUGUGUAUUUUAGUGUAAUUUGGCUAUUAAUUUGGAUUUAAUUUAUUUUCCGAACUGAACAGUAAUGAAACUAGUUAACAUUUUCUUUUAUUUACUUUUGGAAAGUGUUCACUAUUAGAGAAUAAGUUGUAUACAAGUAGUGUUUUUUAUAGUCUGAUGAUAGUUUCAGUAGAAAACAGCAACCUAAAUUGAUGUAACCUUUUUUGUUUCAUGAAAUUAACAGUGCAAAUAUGCUUUUUUUUUAUAAUUUAAAAUCUGUUUUUUUUUUACAUUUGGGUUGUUUGUUUAAAAUAGUAAAAGUCAGCAGGGUAUGAUCACACCUUUGUUUUGGUUCUUUAUUUAUACUUUUACCAUAGAAAAGUGCCAUGAGCUUGGAAAGUUUGUAUGCUCUUGAAUUAGUGUAUUUUUGUUAAGGGUAAUACAGGAUUGAAGAAAAUAUUUUUUGUACAAGAUCAAUUAAAAGGUUUUCUGGCAGAAACUAAAGAUUAAAUGUACAUUUAAGACUUAAUGUUGGUUUUAUAAAGCAACUUAACAGUUUUAGUGUUUGAUAAGACAGCAAAAUCUAAAGUUGAGAGGGGCAGAUAGAUUUACAUUAAAAGUAUCCAAAAAAUGAA